UGUAUUUCGUGGUGUUAUCCACCGAUAUCUUUAACUUGUCAAGGACAAGAAAAUUAUAUAAAUACAAUAAAUGGUUUACUGAUAGGUACUAUUCUAAAGAAUAUCAACAUGAGUGGAAAACUUUUGAUCUUGGCUCUUUGCCUUUUGGCUACACAGGCUGAGCGCCCUUACCUUGGGUUGAAGCUGCCAUCAUUGUCUAGAUUAAUGGCAGAAACGAAGAUAGUCGGUGGCUCCGAAGCCAAAAAAGGAGAUUUCCCUCAUCAAGCCUCUCUCCAAUGGGGUAUACCACCAUUGGUAGCUUAUAAGCACUUUUGCGGUGGUUCUAUUCUAUCAAAUAAAUGGAUCCUCACUGCUGGACACUGUGUAAAAGCUGUUCCAUCAUAUGGAAGUUUUGUAGUAAAAGUCGGAAAACAUGCAAUAAUAGAAACUGAAAUUGGUGAACAAGUUUCUAUUGUUACUGCUACAUAUGUACAUCUAAACUACACUGGAGGAGUAGCACCGUAUGAUAUUGCCUUAUUAAAAUUAAAAACAGCUUUGGUAUUGAAUAAAGCAGUUUCUCCAAUUCAAUUGCCAAAACCAAAUGCUCUACCAACUGGAAAUACAAUUUUAUCUGGCUGGGGUUCAAUAUCUGGAAACUCAACAGCUGUAAUGCCUGCAAAGUUGCAAACAGCAAUUUUACCAAUUGUUUCAUUGAGUAUUUGUAAACAAGCUGUGGAAAAGUUGACAGGACCAUCUCCCCUACAUGAAACAAAUGUUUGCACUGGUCCUUUAACUGGUGGAUACUCUGCUUGCAAUGGAGAUUCUGGAGGUCCAUUAAUCAUAAAAAAUGGAAACAGAUCAGAAGUUGUUGGUGUCGUUUCUUGGGGUAUUAUUCCAUGUGGUUCAAAAGGAGCUCCUUCAGUAUAUACUCGUGUGUCUGCAUUCAUUGACUGGAUUCUCAUUACAAUGACUUACAAUAGCUAACAAUUGAACAAAAAGAGUUGAUUUAUUUUUGUAUUUAGUGAAAAAUGAAGUUUCAGUUACCAAUCAUAAAAAAAUCACUUAAAUAAAUUUGAAUUAACUAACA